ACAAAUAAAUUUGUGGUGCAGUGACGUCACUUCCUCAUCCAACGUUUAUUUUCAACAAGACUUUUCAAAUUUAACAGCAUAAUAAUUGUUGACUUUUUCAAUUUUCCUUCCUAGUUGUAUAUGAACUUUUCAUACAAUCAUUGUGGUUAUUUGAUUGAAUGUGAUAUGUAUAAAAAUGAGAUUCACAACAUUGAAAGCUCUUGAUUCAAGCGUUCUUGCUGGCCAACUGAUAAAUGUUGAUGAAGAGAUAGACUCGUUUUCAGACGAUGACCAUCUCCAUAUCUAUUUGAGAAUAAAGGAUGGCAUUCAAGAGUUCAAAGAUUUAUACAAAGUUCCAGACCCCCAAACAAUUAUUUCCAAAAUCCCAGAGGGGACAAGGAACACAAAAGAUGAUAUUAUCAUGAAGAAAUAUAAUUUCACAAAAAUAUUUGAACCCAAAACAACCCAGGCCGAAAUAUUCAGUGAACUGGUUAAACCAAAGCUACUGAAAUUUAUUAAUGGUCAAAAUUCCACACUUCUGACUUAUGGUGUUUCAAGCUCUGGCAAAACGUAUACCAUUGUUGGAACAGCUGAAAUGCCUGGUUUAUUACCUCGGUCCUUAGAAUAUAUCUUUAGUUCACUUCCUGAUAUAAAAGAAGCGCCUAUAUACAAACCUGUUCCUUAUGGCAAGAUCAUAAGAUUAACAGAGGAUGAGAUUAUCAAAGAAAGACAAUUUAAAGAGGAAAUUUUAAAUUUCAAAUGGUCAAAUAGUGCCAAAUGUGAACACAUCAAUACCUAUGAAGGUAUGAAGAAUCGCCUGAGUGGAUUCCCAGGAGCUACAUUAGCUGACAAUUGCCCAUCUUUAUCCGUCAGUCUGUGGGUCUCCUUCGCCGAAAUUUAUAAUGAGCACAUUUACGAUCUACUCCAAACGAAAGAAAUGAAGAAGGAAAAGCUGAAAUUGGGCUGUGCCAAUGGUAAAACCUACGUGAAGAAUCUCACAAUCGUGCAUGUCACUUCGGGCUUGGAAGCGUACCAAGUUCUCCAGUACGGCUUACACCAUCUCAACUAUGCCAAAACGAACAUCAAUAGUCAUUCAAGCAGGUCGCAUUCGAUAUUCACGAUAUGGCUAACUCAGACAGGGAAGGACUUUGAAGAGGAGAGCCAUAUCAGCCAUUUCAAUUUUUGUGAUUUAGCGGGGGCCGAACGUUCUAAGAAAACUUUGAAUGUCGGAGAUAGAUUGAAGGAAUCUAAUAACAUCAAUACUUCGUUGUUGGUCUUGGGCAGGUGCAUAGCAGCCGUGAGGAAAGCCCAGCAAUAUUCCAAACAGAACAUCAUUCCGUUCAGAGAAUCAAAAUUGACUCAGUUAUUCCAAAAUGCACUGUCUGGGCUAGAGGACAUAUGUAUGAUAGUCAAUAUUAACCCCUGCAAAGAACUUUGGGAAGAAACCCAACACGUUUUGAACUUUUCCGCAAUCGCCAAAGACAUUGUGGUCAGUAAACCCCCAUCGGUGCCUGUUAGGAGGAGCGAAAGGAUUACCCAACUUCUGAGCCAAAGAUUAGAUACCGCUAUAGGAACUGAGAAAGAGAAUCGAUUGGAGAAGCUGAAGAAUGAAUUAGCUGAAAUUGUCGAACAACUGGAGAUGGAGGAUAUGAACCAAAUGAAAGAAAUCGAAUUGAUGAGGAAUGAAAUUAUAUCGGAAUAUAAUCAAAUACAGGAAGACCGGAAAGAAGAGAUGGAGUAUGAAAUUUUGGCACUGAGAAAAGGACUGAUGGAAGAUAAUGAAAGGAAAUUACAGGCAAUUAAGUCAGAAAUCAUGCAGAGGUAUGGCCUCUCAGAAGAUGAACCAGAUGAGUCCUCAAGUGAAGAAGUCAUAAAUGUGAGUUCGGAUGAAGAAUCAGAUUCCGAUCCUUAUAAAGUUGAGACCGUCAAUCUUGUCAGUUCUGAUGAAGAGAUGGAAGAAGAAGAAGAAGAGGAAGAAGAAAUAGAUAAAUGGAGGAGGAAAGUACGUACACAAGAAGACCAGAUUGCGGAGCGUCAAAAAACCAUAUUUGACCUCAGAAAGAGGAUUGACGAAUUGAAAUUGAAAAUUAAUACAAAGGCAAGUGAGAAAAGUUUUGAGGAGAAAGACUUUGAGGAGGAAGAUUUUGAGAAGAAAGAUGUUGAGGAGUCUCAAGAAUUGGAUGGGAGCGUGAGGAAGAAACGUUGUUCUCUUCCAAACCAGAUCUUUACAAAUUGAUUGCCUUAUUUUAAUUGAUUCGUUUCUACUGUGUAUUUUGUCAUGUAAAUAAAUUGUUUUUUGUUA